AUGGCCUCAGUGCCGAACCUCCCGCAACCACACUCGGCAACCCGCGAGUCUUCGCUCGCUCGGCGUGACGAGCCUCCCCUUCCUGCAUCAUGGCUUGAUUCCGUCACGAAAGCGAUUGUAGGGUCAGGCCAGGCCGAUGCACGAGUUGGUGGACCCAUCGCGCGAUCUUCAAGCCGUGCAACCAAUGCUACGACACGGCCAUCCAGGCCCAGCAAACUUUCCGUCGCCAACUCUACACCGAAGGCAGCUCGGGGUUCAUCCGUUUUACCCCCUGGCGCCUCCCUCUACCCCAGCCGUCCACAGACCGCUCCCAGCACUGUCAACGCGGCGCAUGUCAUGUGCAGGUCUGCACCGGGUUCUCGCUCGAAUUCUCGAGCCGGGGAUCGCGUACCUGGAAGCGUGGUCGGGUCUCUCCGCCACAAAGACCGUCAAGCACGUGGAAGACGUGGGUCCCGAGGCGGUCAUAUAGAUCGGGUCCCUUCCCUCGCGUCGACUCGAGUGGAGGACGAUGCACUUGCCAACAUGUACUGGGUGGACGGUCGACGCGUCUCAGUCAUCCACCACGACGACGGAGCGUAUGACGUCUUCGACUCGGACGACGAAGACGGCGAGCUUGAUCUGGCCCGACUUCUCGUUCCAGCUAAGCGCCAGUAUUCCAUCCUUAACGACGAGCCACAACGCGGCCGCAGCCACCAAGUAGUCAUAGAUGACGCGGAUGGAUACCCCACCUUCCAGCGGACGGAGAGUCUCAAGCGACGGCGAGGCCUUCCAGGAGGAUGGGGCGCGGCGGGGAGCAGCCGCUCAUAG